UUAUUUACAAAGUUCCCAGUAUGAUAACUUUAGAACAAGUAAUAAAAUUCGCAGUAAUGCAGGUUUUUCCAUGGAACUAUCUAAGUUAGAUAAUACGCACUAUAAAAACAUGCGAAUGUUGCAUAUUUUCGUAAGUUGUUCGCCAAGUAAUCAUGAAGUCUGUCGUGCAAUAUUCUUUGCUACUAUUUAUUCUCCCUUCAUUUGAAGCGGCAAGGUUUCGAUGUGACUAUACGUACUUCCCCUAUGGAGAGGGCUGGUACAAGCUGCAUACUGACGCGAAUAAUUGGAGUGAGGCUAGUCUCAUGUGCAAUUUAGAAGGAGCGCGCUUGGCGACCCCAACAACCAAAGGCGUAACUGCAGCUAUUCUAUCUUUAAUUAACAACGACAACAGAGUCAUGGCAGUCCACACCGGUUUGCACACUACAGAAAACAUUAACAAAUUCGCUCAAGAGGAAGAGACGUACCUGUUCACUCGGAACGGAAAUUUACGCAGAGCAAGUCAACUAGAUUUGUAUCCAUACAUCUGUCACAAAGUUGCAGAUGAAUCAGUGGACCUAAAUGAGUGCGGCACUACGGACGACCAAUAUAAGUUGGACAAUCGUACCAGCCAGUGUUACAAGUUCCACCGUUUCCGCCAGACGUUUUACCGGGCCAUGCAUACAUGUCAGGCAGAAGGGGGUCACCUGGUCAUCAUCAACAGUGAAAACGAGGCUCAGGUCAUCCGAGACCUGUUCGCUAAAAACCCUACCGACACCAUUCCAGGACCAGAAUUCAGAGAUGUCGCUUUCGUCGGCGUUAUGUUCACGGAGCAAUGGGCUACUAUACAAGGUCAAUCUCUCUCCGAAGCUGGAUACAGUGUGUUUUCACCAGGAGAACCGAACAACGCAAGAGGUGAUGAGUUCUGUGCAUCCGUCGGCCGCAACGGGAUGCUAUUCGACGACCCUUGCACUCGUCCGAUACCCUUCAUAUGCGAGAAAGAGCCAACAACAAGUUGCGAUGUUAAACCGAAUGACCCUAGGACUCGAAAGAUACUCAUGAGCUCGAGUGCCCGUAAAUUCAGCAAAGAUGAAAACGAGACGAUAAAGUCCCGUUUACUCGUGGUCCCGUUGAAUUGAACUUUACCGAGUACUUAUAUAAUAAAUAGUUACUACGAACCUAUAGAACAGUAACUCUCCGUCCAGCACUAGUCUAGAAUGGCUUUGUUGUCUUAAAUUAAAUGUCUUAAACGUUAACAUUAUGCGGCUCGCCAUAUAUCACGUAGGUCUAACAGAAAGCUCGGUGAGAUGUGGGUACUUAGUUCAUAUUGCGAUGGAUGUACUUCUGACUACUCCAAUUGGGAUGUAUUCAUGAUCUUAUGGUCUGUUUAUGUUAAACGUUAAGGAGUAAGGGAGAGAGCGCUCGGACAGUGUCUUACUCGCAUUAACCCGUUAGGCUGCGUUUCCAUUGACGCGGAGCUAGGCGGAGAGGAGCGGAGAUAUGCAGGAAUCGAGCAAUCACCGUGAGGGAGAGAGUGACAGAGGGUCUUCGUUUUUCGCUCUCUCGAGCGCUGUGAUUGGUCAAAUCCGCACAUCUCCGCUCUUCUCCGCCCAUCCCCGAGUCAGUGGAAACCCGGCCUUAGGCGGUACGCAUUAUGUAUGAGAUUUUUAUAUAGAGUGUGUGGGGUGUAUGCGUGGUCUCAUGACGCUAGAAAUUGGUCCAUGAAAAAAAAUAAUUCUGACUCGGACGGGACUUGAACCCGCAGCUCUUAUCAAGUCUAAAGUAAUAUUAGUACUCAAUAUUUUAGAUAGAUGACGUCGGCGUCGGCUUAAUGACGACACAUACAUCGAAGGAAUUUUAGGAAGGACAGGUGGAGGACCCAGUGGUGUAAUGGUUAACACGCUCGUCCCGGCUUAACAGGAGCUGCGGGUUCAAAUCCCGUCCGAGUCAGAAAUGUUUUCGAUUUAAAUUUUCUCUUUGUUAGUUUCCCUAAGCAGGGCAAGUGUUAUAAAAACAAAAAUCAUUUGCUCCAUGAAUUUGAGAAUAUAUCGAUCGAAAAACCAAAAACUCAUUAUUUUAGUAUUUUCGUUUUAUUUGUGUUGUAAUAAUUAUAGUUUAAGAGCCAGUGGUGCACUGACUGUUAGUUUUAUAUACAUACAGAUACCUCAUGUUUAUUAGUUUUAAAACAUGUUUUUUUUUGUAAAAAA